CGGCGGACCCGACGGCCAUGGCCCGCGCGCUGACAGGUCUGGCCGCGGACUUGCAGAGUCCGCGGGUCGUCCCGAGCCCGGACACGGACUCGGACACCGACUCGGAGGACCCGAGCCCCCGGCGCAGCGCGGGCGGGCUGCUCCGCUCGCAGGUCAUCCACAGCGGUCAUUUCAUGGUGUCGUCGCCGCACAGCGACUCGCUGACCCGGCGGCGCGACCACGAGGGGCCCGUGGGGUCCGGCGACUUCGGGCCGCGCAGCAUCGACCCCACGCUCACCCGCCUCUUCGAGUGCAUGAGCCUGGCCUACAGUGGCAAGCUGGUGUCUCCCAAGUGGAAGAAUUUCAAAGGCCUCAAGCUGCUCUGCCGAGACAAGAUCCGCCUCAACAACGCCAUCUGGAGGGCCUGGUACAUCCAGUAUGUGGAGCGGAGGAAGAGCCCCGUGUGUGGCUUCGUGACCCCCCUGCAGGGGCCUGAGGCUGAUGAACACGGGAAACCAGAGGCCGUGGUCCUGGAGGGGAAUUACUGGAAGCGGCGCAUCGAGGUGGUGAUGCGCGAGUACCACAAGUGGCGCAUCUACUACAAGAAGCGGCUCCGGAAGUCCAGCAGGGAAGGGGAUCUCCUGAUCCCCAAGCAGGCGGACGGGUCGUGGCCCCCGCCAGAGAGAUGGUGCGAGCAGCUCUUCUCCAGCGUGGUGCCCAUGCUGCUGGGGGAACCCAAGGAGGAGCCCGGUGGGCGGCAGCUCCUGGACCUCGACUGCUUUUUGUCCGACAUCUCUGACACCCUCUUCACCACGACUCAGCCUAGCCCUGCGCCCCUGCAGCUGCACCCCGAGGACGCCUACAUCAGCAAUGCUGACAUGAUCCAGCCAGACCUGACGCCCCUGCAGCCCAGCCUGGAUGAUUUCAUGGAGGUCUCAGAUUUCUUCACCAGCUACCGCCCCCCGCAGACAUACAUGCCUUCGAACUUCCUGGAGACCCCCAGCUUCAACCCCAUGGCCGAGCCCCUCUUCACCAGUGGGAUUCUGAGCCCGGAGGUGCCCCCUGCCCCUUCAGGCAUGACCCCCCUCCCAGACAACCGCCUGCAGGCUCGGAACAGCUGCCCUGGCCCCUUGGACCCCAGUACCUUCCUGAGCUCUGAUUUCCUUCUUCCUGAAGACCCCAAGCCCAAGCUCCCACCCCGUCCUACACCUCCACCCCUCCUGCACUACCCCACCCCGGCCAAGAUGCAGGACCUGGAGCCCUGCCCCCCACCCCCCUUCUCUCCCAUGGCUCCGCCCCCUGCUUUGCUGCAGGAAGAUUCUCUCUUCUCCCCCAGGUUCCCCUUGCCUACAGUCCCCCCUAUCCCAGCAGUGCCCCCGCUGCCUGCUUCCCCAGCCUUCCCACCCAUCCCCCAGCCUGUCCCAGGCCCCACCCCUUCCCCCUUCCCCUUAGACCUUCUGCCCUCGGGCUAUCUGGAGCCCCCACUUGGGCCUCACUUCACAGUGCCCAAGGGCAUGCGGCCCAGUGGCAAGCCCCCCACCUCAUCCCCUAGGGGACGGAAGCCCAGCCCCCCCACCUUGGCCCCUGCCACUGCCAGCCCCACUGCCACUGCUGGAGGCAACAACCCCUGCCUCACCCGGCUGCUGACAGCAGCCAAGCCUGAGCAAGUUCUGGAACCACCACUUGUGUCUGGCCCGCUCCUCCGGCCCCCGGGGUCCCCGCAGGAGGCGGUCCCUGAAUUCCCCUGCACCUUCUUUUCCUCUACCCUGGUCCCCGCACUGCCCCAGCCACCUCCAGGCCCGGCUGCACUGGCCCCUCCCAGGCCCCUGAUUGUCCCCAAAGUGGAGCGGCUCUCGCCCCCAGCACCCAGCGGUGGUGAACGGCGGCUGUCCGGGGAGCUCAGCUCCAUCCCAGGCUCGGGGGCUCUGAGUGUCGUCCACGUCUCCCCACCCCAGCCCACCCUAAGCCGGGGGCGACCAGACAACAACAAGACUGAGACCCGGCGCAUCACUCACAUCUCCGCGGAGCAGAAGCGGCGCUUCAACAUCAAGCUGGGGUUUGACACCCUGCAUGGGCUGGUGAGCACGCUCCACGCCCAGCCCAACCUCAAGGUGAGCAAAGCAACCACGCUGCAGAAGACAGCUGAGUACAUCACCAUGCUGCAGCAGGAGCGGGCGGCCAUGCAGGAGGAGGCUCAGCGGCUCCGGGACCAGAUUGAGGAGCUCAAUGCCGCCAUUAACCUGUGCCAGCAGCAGCUUCCUGCCACCGGCGUGCCCAUCACACACCAGCGUUUCCACCAGAUGCGAGACAUGUUUGAUCACUAUGUGCAGAUUCGCACACUGCACAACUGGAAGUUCUGGUUGUUCAGCAUCCUCAUCCGGCCCCUGUUCGAGUCCUUCAACGGGAUGGUGUCCACAGCCAGCCUGCAGAGCCUCCACCAGACCUCGCUGGCCUGGCUGGACCAGUACUGCUCCCUGCCAGUUCUCCGGCCUACUGUCCUGAACUCCCUACGCCAACUGAGCACAACCACCUGUAUCUUGACGGACCCAGCCCGCAUUCCCGAGCAGGCCAUGCGGGCAGUCACAGAGGGCACCCUGGGCAAACCUCGCUAGUGCGGCCAGGCCCUGCUGCUCACCUAGCUGCCCUGGGCAUGGGCUCUGGAGACCACUUCUGGGCACUCCCUCCUGUCUCUGGGCUCGGUUGCCCCCUUCCCUGAGCAUCAGACAGGCCCCGGUGUGCAGUCUCUUCCCAUCUCCAGGAAGCACGGUGCAGAGAGGAGCCGAGUUCCGGGCCCUGCUCUACCACUGACCGACCCUGUGACCUUGGGCAACUCAUACUCCCUCUUUGGGCCUCUGUUUUCCAGUCUGCAAAAUGGGGUUGGGGGAGAUUCAACCAGAAGAUCAUUCCAGGCCUUUCCAUCUGUGACAUUUGGGGGCCUUUGUCAGUACCUCGGAAGCUUGAAGUUGGGAAGAAGAAGCUCCUGUCCCCUGUCCCCACUUACAGGUGGGGCACAGGCUUCUGUUCCUGUGCAGAGAAGCAGAAAAGAAGAUUCCCUCUCUCUGCUCCUUCACUGGUACCCAGAGGUGCCCCAGGCUGGCUUCCCCCGGGUGAGGCCAGGAGGGUCUCAUCUUGGGCGAGACCAGGGCAGCGAGGUGGCCAGAGCAGGGCAGGUGUCUGGUGUGUGUGUGGAUUUUGUAAAGCAUUCUUGACCAAUAAAAACAAGAACUGCCA